AUGGCACCGGAUCCAGACUUUGAGCAUCCCAAGAUGGAUCAGAGGCGCAAUAUACCUCCCGGUCUCCCCAGGCACAACCCCAUCCAGUCAUACUGGCAAGAUCCCCCAGAUGAAAUAGCUGAUUGUCGGAGCACCUCCGAUCUCCCGGCUGAGGCUGAUAUCGUUAUCGUCGGGUCGGGUGUCAGUGGCGCGAGCAUCGCGUAUGACCUGCUCUCCUCCAACCCUCGUAUGAACAUUGUUCUUCUGGAGGCUCGCCAGGCUGCCAGUGGCGCCAGUGGUCGAAAUGGCGGUCACACCAAGACUGCCACAUACCGCUCCUUCCACGAAAACGCCAAGUCUGUCGGUACGGCGGACGCCAUCAAGAUCACGAACCUGGAAUACAACACCAUGGUCAACGUCCACGCUUUUGCCCGGGAGCACUCUAUCCCCUGCGACUCCGUGCGCUGCCAGACCAUCGACGUCUUCUACGACUCCACGCAGUUCGAAGCAGCGAAGACCUCCGUGGCGUUGAUGGAUAAAUCCAUGGGCGUUGACAAAACGCCCAAGCAUAUUUUCCAUGACGUGGAGGAAACGGCCGAGAAAUAUUUGGCGCCGGGCAGUGUCGGCAGCUUAGAGUACGAGAGUGGAAGUCUUAGUGCUUAUCGGUUCACGAUCGGGGUGUUGAAACUUGCCUUGGCCAAAGGAUUGAAUCUGCAGUGUAAUACCCCCGCAACCAGCAUCGCCAAAGAUGAGAAUGGCAGCUGGACGGUUUCGACGCCGCGUGGCUCCAUUACGAGCAAGAAAUUGGUCCUGGCUACCAACGGGUAUACAGCACACCUGUAUCCGCGCUUACAGGGUGUAAUCGUGCCCCUGCGAGGAGUCGUGACAGCCCAACGUCCAGGCCAGAACAUGCCUCAACGCGGAUUGGAGACAACGUACUCGUUUGUCUACAAAGAGGGUUUCGAAUACAUGAUUUCUCGACCGCCGGGGAGCAAGUUCGAGGGGGAUAUUGUCAUUGGCGGAGGCAUGCACGUUGCAAAGGACGACGGCAUGAACGAAUAUGGGAACACUGAUGACACCACUUUUGAUGAAUCCAGCGCAGAGUACCUGCUCGAAUGCACGCGCCGGUACUUCGGCCCGAAGAACUGGGGCAAAGACCACCCGGACGGGCACAACCGCAGGACGUGGUCGGGAGUGAUGGGCUUUUCAGCCGAUGGGUAUCCCUUCAUCGGCCCCGUGCCUGGGGAGGAGGGCUUAUAUCUAAGUGCGUCCUUCCAAGGGCAUGGCAUGGUGUUGUGUUUCUUGUGCGCAAAAGCGGUCACGACAAUGAUCGAGGGCAAGGAUGGAGACGAGCUAAGUAGCUGGUUUCCAGAUUGUUAUCGAGUCACAGAGGAGAGGAUGGGGAAGAAGUUCCAGGGCAGGAUCAAGGCGUCAGGGGCACCGGAACCUCAAGCAGUCGAGAACUGA